AUGGCACAUGCUCCACAGCAGCAAGUUAUCGUUCAAGACCCCAAGAUUCUCCAGGCUAUGAAUGCAACAGGAAUGAGCGCCGCAGCCACUGCAGCCACACUGGCGUUGCCCACAGGUGUCGGGCCCUACCAGCAGAUCAUUACAAGUCAAGGUCAGAUCCUGCAGGUGGUGCGUGCGGCUAACGGGGCGCAGUACAUCAUCCAGCCCCAGCAGCAGCUGGUGGUCCAGCAGCAGGUCCUGCCCCAGAUGCAGCCGGGCGGCGUCCAAGCUCCCGUCAUACAACAGGUCCUCGCGCCAUUACAGGGCGGCAUCCCCCAGCAAACAGGAGUCAUCAUUCAGCCCCAGCAGAUAGUCCUCGCUGGAAACAAAGUUCCACAGAAUGCACAAGUGAUGCAGACGGCGACGAUGGCAGCGCAGCAGACUGCGCAGGCAGCUGCAGCAGCACAGGUGCAGGCCGUGCAGCAGCAGCAGCUCCAGCAGGUGGCGCCACAACAACAACAGCAGCAGCAGCAGCAGCCUCAGCAGCAGCAGCCUCCCAUGAUGUUGCAGGUGGACGGGGCGGGGGACACCUCCUCAGAGGAGGAGGACGAGGAGGAGGAGGAGUACGACGAGGACGAAGAUGAGGACAAGGACAAAGAUGGCGGGGAGGAUGGCCAGGUGGAGGAGGAACCCUUGAACAGCGAAGAUGAUGUCAGCGAUGAAGAAGACCAGGAGCUUUUCGAUACAGAGAAUGUAGUAGUUUGCCAAUAUGACAAGAUCCACAGAAGCAAGAACAAGUGGAAGUUCACCCUGAAAGACGGCAUCAUGAAUCUGAAUGGGAGGGACUACGUCUUCUCCAAAGCCAUAGGGGAUGCGGAGUGGUAAGCACAGCGCCGCACCAACCCUGGUGGACCCCAUUUCUCGAAAGUGUCGUUGCUAUCCACUUAGCAACUUACUCGGUUUCAACGCAAUUUCCCAUUGGCAACCUACGAGGUUGCUAACUUAGCAAUGAUGCUGUCGAGAAAUGCAUCCCUGAAGAGGACAGAAGAGGAAGGCAAACGAGUGGGGAAACAAAAGUGCGAAAACAAACUGGACAGCCAUACUGGGACUGUCAUUUUAAGACCCAUCACACCUGUGGGGACUUUAUGCAUUUCAAUUGGUGUGUGAUGGGCAGACGUGUGGGAAUACAAUGACGCCCCUUUAAAACCAAGAAGAGAAAAUUGAGUUGUAAAAAAAAACACUUAAUCACACACACACACACACACACACACACACACACACACACACACACACGCUGCCAGUGACAGGCAGUAGAUCGCUAACCGAUUACAUCAAGAUUUACAACCAAGGUUAAGAAAAGAAAAUCUGUAUCAUCACCCGGAUCACCGUCAAAACAAAAUCCAUCCAAGAACAACAAAAGCAGAAAGCGUCUAUGGACAGCGGACCAUGUUGAAAACUCAUCACCCAUCCAGACAGUUAUCAGUUCCUAUGGGUUGACCAAAAUAAAUAAGGUAUGAAACGCAAAAAUUUUAAAACAAAAAAAAUUAAGUGGGUAAAGGAGAGCAAUUUGAAGUACAUUUACUUCAAAAGUGCCUGUGAAACAAGCACGGAGGUGACCAUAGCCUUUGUUUUGAUUGCACAUUUCUUUUUAUCGGCAUCACAUUAGCACAUUGUGGUACUAGAUUCCCAAUUCCAGUUACUCUCGUUUGUUCUAAUUCCUGCCACUCAGUAAAACGUGCCUAGUCUUGUCCCCGUCCCCAGCCUGAUAAAGCCCCAUGGCCUGCCAUUGGUUAAACAGGAUGGUUGACAAAGGAGAUGGACCUUUUUAAUGUGUGUGUUUUUUUUUUCUUCUUCUUCUUAAAACAAACAAACGAACAAACACUACACACAGUUACCGAAGACCUACCGAAGUGCUAGUCUGAUUUAUUGUAAGCGUUCCAAGAGCAGAAUGUGCAAUGUGGCUAAUUACAAGUAAGAAGAUGCAGAUGGUGCCGUUUUGUUGGCCAGUCUCCAAAAUAUGCCAUUCAGCACCCCACCCCCUCCCCCACCACCUUUGUUUUUAAAGAACAUUAUAUAACCCAAUGUGAAUUUUAGCUGUAUGUUAUUGGCUUCACUUUCAGUUCUGUUUGUGUUUACCCCAACACACACACACACACCGCUGCCACCCCUUCCGCUCUUAAGGUAAUGAUACACUACGCACAUUUUUGGGCGAGGCUUUUGGGAAAUGAUACUGAAAGAUUUUAUUUGGACAGUUGAGCACCACAUCACUUUUAUGUGGAGACCUUGGAUCUGUAGUCAGCAAAAAUAUUGAGAAAUAUUUUCUCAGUCAUUUUAUUGGGAACAGUAGGAUCCAAUCAUGUUGUUGCCCAUCAACACUGCUCGAGAAAAGUUGCCCUGUGUGUCAUCACCUUUUAGAUUGAGUUCAGUGGAGCUGGCGGAGGUGUUUUGUGUUUUGUGCUUGUCCCCAUUCCACACCAUGCUUAGCUUUACCAAGGAGGCUCUAUGAUUCCGUGUUUGUCAGUUCAACUUGCCAUUUUGCUAGCCGGUAACGAUGUCUGUUCAAACUUCCUGACACCUAAUUACUUCCAAAUGUUUAAAGAUGGCACAUGGUGGGGUUUUUUUUCUUCUCUUUUUGUUUUGGCUGUUUUUAUAUUUAUUUCCUGAAAGCUCAGGCACCAUAGUAAUAAUUUGAGGCAGGCAUGGGGUUACUCACUGUACCAAACUGUGCUCUUAAAAAUAAGAAAAAAAAGGAAGUCUUCCUUGCUCCCUUUUUUUUGGCUGGACACCCCCCUCCCCCAUCAUGUGCUCUACUGUUGAUUUCAGUUCAAUCUUGAGCUUUAUUUUUUAAUCAUGCUCCUCCAUUUUUUUCUUUUUUUUUCUUUAAGUGGUUUCCUUAUUUCAUUCUGUUCCCAGUUUUCUAGUCACUGCCGUAGUUCAUGUAAGGUGUGACUGAUUUGCCUAGCUGACUAGGGAAACCCACACUUCCAGAAAAACGGAAAGUCAACUCUGUCCUUUUUUUUUCACCGCCCCCUUUCCCCAAACAGUAAUUUUGUUAAUCUUAUCACCGUGGUCACUAGUUGGACGGAACUGCGGGUCGCAUAUUUGUGACAAUAAAUUCUUCAGAGAGAUUUUAGAAUAGGUGUGCAAAAUAUAUUUAUUUCAGCAUAGACCAGUACUUUUCACUGUCCAUUUUCUUAUUUGUGCCUUUUUUUGAUUUGUUUAUAUCAGCUUUCUGGCAAAUGAAUAAAAUAAAUAAAGGAUGGUAUUUAAUGAUGCAGGUGUUUUAAAGAAGACUGUAUUCUCUGCUUUGUUUUUAUAAUUGUUUAUCUACCACGUUUCAACUGCUGUCUGAAGAACUGUUCUGAGAGGGAAAUAUACUGUUUGUAUUGUUCACAAUACUGUUUUUGAAUCAAGAUUGCUCUUUGUAAAUGACUCGACCAUCUCUUGGAAGGCUGUGCUUUGAAUACCAACAAUUAGAGGAAUUAGUAUUUUGUUGAACUGAAACCCAUUUGAGUUUUUGCCUUUGCUAAACUUUUCAUUAAAGUAAUGUGAGAAAAACGCAUGUAGUCAA